GUUGAGGAGCCCAACUCGGGCUGCUCUAACAACAACAACACGGACCAGCUGCAUGGCUGAGAUAUUCUCUUCUCCUUCCUCUACCACCUACAAUAUAUCAAGUUACCUGCCAAUCUUGGCGUUAGUUGACGAGAAAAAUUGAAGCCGGUGUAUCAGUAGUGGGAGGAGAGUAGGUGUGGAGGUGAGCAAGAGUCUGAGAGGAGAUAGUGUACCGGUCCCGGGCUGAAGCUACUCACCUACUUGUGCUGGCGAGGGGGAGGCUUUGGCUCUCUGAUCCCGUCACUCAAGUUGUGUACAGUAUUGUGUUGUAGCCAUGGGGAUAGCACGGUGCCUUGGAUGUUUAGCACUCCACCGGAGCUCAAUCAUCAGCCCAUAUGGACAUGUGGCAGUGUCUGGAACAGGACAUCAUGCAAAUAUUAUACAACAUUCCAGAUCAGGUAAACACUGGUGUUCCUCUGUCUCGUGGGUUCUACCAGAAGGAUAUGACACUGGUGUCACUCUGUACAACAGUGCCAGUAAGUCAAAGGUGCCGUUGAAAACUGUACAUCCUGGUCUACUAACGUGGUACUCUUGUGGUCCAACUGUAUAUGAUUCUGCACACAUUGGUCAUGCUUUGUGUUACGUAAAGUUUGAUAUUAUACGAAGAAUCCUUUCAAGAAUGUUUGACCUCAAUGUUGUGAUGGUGGUUGGUAUCACAGAUAUAGAUGACAAAAUAAUCAAGAGAGCAAAGGAGCUCAAAGUUAACUUCAAGGAGAUUACUGAAUUAUACGAGCAGGAAUUCUUCGCAGACAUGGAUAAGCUGCGAGUCCUUCGUCCUUCUCUUGCACCAAGAGUAACAGAACAUGUUCCUCACAUCAUUUCCUUCGUUCAGGAAAUCGUCAAUAGAAAAUUGGCUUAUGUUGUUAAUGAUGGUUCAGUGUACUUUGACACGAGAGCUUAUGGUCGUUAUGGAAAAAUGACUACGCUUGACGAAUCAUUGGAUAUGCGCGGCGCUGGGAUAAAGAAAUCGGCUCGAGACUUUGCUCUUUGGAAGGGGUCCAAGGGUGGUGAGCCAUACUGGGAAUCACCAUGGGGUCAUGGCAGACCAGGGUGGCAUAUUGAGUGCUCUGCAAUGGCCAGCCACAUUUUGGGUACACAGCUGGACUUACACUCUGGUGGUAUCGACCUUCUCUUCCCUCAUCAUGAAAAUGAGGAAGCUCAGUGCUGUAGUUACCAUGACUGUCAUCAGUGGUGCAAUUAUUGGAUACACACCGGCCACCUUCACACCAGAGGGACAGAGAAAAUGUCGAAGUCAUUGUAUAAUACAAUUAGCAUUGAGGAUCUACUUCGGCAACAUUCUGUUAACGCCUUCCGACUCUUCUGCCUUCUCUCACACUACCGUAAUAAGGUGGAAUAUACCGAGACAUCCAUGCUUCAAGCUCAGGCACACCUGCGACGAAUACGAUCAUUUCUCCAUGAUGCUUAUGCGUAUAUCAAUGGGCAGCUCAAGUGUGCUCCACUUGACGAAGCAGGCCUUAAACAGAAACUGGUUGAAACAAGAAUGAAGGUGAAAAAAUUACUGGCUGAUGAUUUUGAUACAGUGAGAGCCUUGUAUGCUGUACUGGAUCUAAUAAACCUUGGCAAUAAAGAACUACAGAAAAAGCCCCAGAGUGUCAGCUUGUCAAGAAGUGCUGGGACGAUGGUGGCUAUCUGCAGUUACAUCCACUUUCUAAUGGAGGAUGUGUUUGGAAUACGUUUCCCCAGUGUCAGCGAUGCGUCUAAUUUGUCGUUAGAGUCUGGUGGUCGUUUGUCUCAGGUAAUGAAUUCAGUGGUGGAGUUACGACAACAAGUGAGAAGUUUUGCACUUUUGCAGGAUGAGGAGUCAAUGCAGCAAGUAUUGGCACCUGAGGAACAGAAAACCAAGAGGAAAGAGCGUGUACCUCUUUUGAAAGCCUGUGAUAAUCUCCGAGAUAAUCUUUUGAAAACUGGCUUGCAUAUUAAGGAUCAUCACGGAGGUGCUUCAUGGUCUAUUGCAGAGGAAUCUAUUGAAAGUGAUCAAGCCAAAGAAGAUAAGGAAACGUAAUUUAUUUAUUUAUAUAUAUAAAUAUAUAUAUAUUUAUUUAUUUUGGUAGCAGUCUUUCUUGUAAACAUAUAUUGUUGAAUAUGACCAAAAAGGUAGACCUAGAGAUGGCUUCUUAAACC